GGCUUUUGCCACCCUACCUAGAUGAGGCUAUGGAGCCCUAAAACAUGACGUCGUUUUGCUUGUGCGAGUCAUGCUCCUGCCCUGAAUUGAUUGGCCAAUUCUUUACUGGAGCCCCGACCGAGUCGAAACCAAGAGCAGGGGAGGAAGGGAGAAACAGGGAGAAUGGAGGAAGAAGGAGGGAUAAGGCUGAGCAAGAGGUUCGGGGACAAGAAGGAUGGGGAAGUUGAUUACAAGACCAAAGCCGGCACUGCUUGGAGCCAUUCCUACCUCAACCAGAAGCCAUGGCACCCUCUCUCCUAUCCCAACCAACGCCGCAAAUGGAUCGCCGAGCAGACCCACGCCCAGCGCGAUCGCCGCACCGAAGAAGUCGCUCGAGAGUAUGCCCAGGAGCAGGAAUUUUACCGCCAGACAAGUCUCAUCUCCAAGAAAGAGAAGGAGAAGGUGGAGAUGAUGCAAGCUGUUAGCUUCAUGUAUGUGCGCCCACCUGGUUAUAAUUCCGAGAGUGCCAAGGCUGCAGAGAUUGCUGAUGAGAGGAAAAGGCUGGAGCAGAACAAUCCAACCGAAGACACUCUGGGUGGGACCUCCAAUGCAGUGCCACCAGAAUCCGUGCAUGGCACUGAUCCUUCUAUUGGAGAAAAGAAGAAACCACGGCCCAAAGAUGUUUUUGGGCGGGCCUUGCCAACUGAAGAACAAUUUGAAGUUCUUAAAAAUGCCCCACGGUUGGAGACAGGUGUUCCUGGAAGGGUAAAACCAUUUGGAGUGGAGAUACGCAAUGUAAAAUGUGUUAGAUGUGGAAAUUUUGGUCAUCAAAGUGGUGAUCGUGAGUGUCCAUUGAAGGAUGCCAUAAUGCCUAAUGAAGAGAGCCGUUUGAAAAGAGACGACCCUUUGACUGCUAUUCUAGCUCACACAGAUUCCAGUGAGCCUCUCAAGUGGGAGCUGAAGCAAAAACCAGGAAUGAGUCCUCCUCGUGGAGGGUUUAGACCUGAUGAUCCCAACCAACAAAUAGUUGCUGAAGACAUAUUUGAUGAGUAUGGAGGGUUCCUUUGUGGGGGGAAUGUUCCAGAGUUGCUGACCAACUUCUCGUCUGGCAAACCUAGGAAGAGGGAUUCCAGAGGGAAGAGUAAGAGGCAUUCCUCGCCAUCUGCUAGUAAGUCUCGGGCUCCUUACGAGUCUGGGUCAUCAUCUUCUUUUGAUGAUAGAAAAAGGAUGUCGAAGAAGGACAAGAAACUUAAGAAAAAGAAGAGCAAGAGAAAUUACUCCGAAUCAAGUUCAGCAGAUGAAUCACAGUUUGAGAAGCGUCACAAAAGGAGUCAACGAAAACAUUCAUAUUCAUCUUCUGAAAAAUCCAGCUCUGAUGGUCAUCAUAGAGGUAACCAUCAUCGUCACCGUCACCAUCACCAUCACCAUCAUCGUUAUCAUCAUCGGCAUCGGGAUCACUCUGAUUUAUCAGCAUAGGAUUGUAAUGGCUCUUAAAUUCUAUAUGCUAGAACCUAGUAGAAAGAGAAGCUUCCUGGUGAAUGUCAAGGAGAAGAAAAUAUUCCCCUUUUAUGAAUUUAUUUUUUUGUUCCUCAACUUUCAUGGGGUGGUGCUCCUGUAUAUAAAAUGCCUUGCAUCAGCUGUACUUGCUGAGAGUUCCCAUUUUCCCCUUUCUGUAACAUGAAGAAUUUGCAUUUGUCAACAUAAAAGUAGUAUGAAAUUUCUCGCCCCAAA